ACAAAAUUAAAAAAAUCAUAUUCUACCUUUUUCCACCAAAAUGUAAUCGAUCGAUGCAUUUCCACAAUAAUUGUACCAUCUAGUGCCUAAACCUGUGUAACCAUAGAAACAAUUGCAUGGAAACAAUUGUAUAUUGGAAUAAUUAUUCGUUGUCAAAAAUAAUAAAAAAGAAAAAUAAAAAAAAUAAAAAAAAAAAAAAAUAGAAAAAAAGAAAAAAGUAAAAGAAAAGUAUCGUAUGUUUAAGUUUUAAAAAUUUAUAAUUUAAAAUAAUAUCAAUUAUUAUUAUUUAUCCCUAGUUCCUUGAGAUUAUGUUUAAGAUGCAGAAUUAGACAAAGAAAGAAUACAGUGAUCUAAUGUUUGCCUUUUUGUCUCCUAGAGUACUACAAUUAUUUGACAUUGGACACAUGUAGUCCGUUCUAUGUAUCGAUGGAAUAUUCUUUGGAAUUGACAGCUAUCUUCUCUUUGUUAUUAUAUGUACCAAGCUAAUAGGAGUAAGAUUUCUUCUUCUGAGAUCUGUAUCAUAUCCUUAUAUAGAAAUUUAGGACACGAAGACAUCAAAAUCAAUUGUCAUGGCUCGUAUAAUAAAUCAAGAGACUUAUGAUGAAGCUGUUAAUGAAAAUAUCGAAAUAUUUUCUAUGUCACCUGAGGAAGCUAUCGAAGAAACCAUAAAGCAAUUUAAUUCACAGGGAGUAGAUCUAAGCAAUAUCAUUAAAGAUUUAAUUAUAACGCAAGAUCAUGAAUUAAUAUUGACUUACCUAGAUCAGCUUAGAUCUGCUCUGGCCAAAAAACAUUAUGAAAAAAUUCCUCAUGUGUUGGAUAAACUUUCUGACAAAUUAGAUAAGGACAUUGCACGUAGAGUAUAUGCUGGAAAACGUGGUUGUUAUGGUAUUUUACUUAGCAUUAUGAAAGAUUGCAAAUAUGAUACUUUGAUACUUAAAUCUGCAUUAGAAACCAUUACCUCAUUAAUGACUGGUAAUCCAGAUUUAUUGGAUGACAAAGGUGUUUCUAUUCAAAUGGAAAUAUUGGAUAAACAGGAGGACAAACUUGUACUACAAUGUUUAUUACAUUGGAUAAGAGCAUGUUGUAUAAAACACGAAGCAAAUAGACAAAACAUAUUUAAUGCUGAUAUUUUUAAUAGACUUAAAAAGAUAUUAACUCGUGAUGAUGCGACAGCAUCGGAAGUACGAGAUGCAUGCUCUGUAAUUAGAGCACUUGUAUUAGACGAUGAUAUAAGACAUGAAUAUGGAAAAGCACAUGAACAUGCAACAGUUAUAGCAAGGGGUGCAUUGGAUGUACUUACUGGUUUAUUAUCCAAAUUUAAAAAUGAAAAAGCUGUAAUGGGUGACCUGAUGAUUACACUGGCUUCUUUAAUCGUUAGAAAUGAAUUUUGUCAGGACGUAACAGACGCGGGUGGCUUAAAAUUUGUUCUGGACAUUAUCAUUAAUUAUCCUGAUUCAGAGAAAUUAAAUUGGCAAGCUUUGAAAUUAUUAAAAGCUCUUGCUGGUAAUGAUAAUGUAAAAUCGCACAUAGUGACUGCAGGAGGUGCACCUUUGAUCGUUUCUGUGAUCAGUAGAUUCAAGAAAUUUGAGGGCAUUGUUGUCGCUGGACUUGCAUGCAUCUCUGCGUUAACAUUAAGAAGUUCAUCGAAUGCAGGAGUGUUUUAUGAUUGUGGAGCACCAAGAAUAAUCAUUGAUUGUAUGAAGUCCUAUCUUAAAAAUUUAAACGUUAUAAAGCAAGCAGCUUGGGCAAUAAGAAAUAUGUCAGUGAGGAACAAAUUGGAAUGCAAAGAAUUUAUUGCUUAUGGCGUUGAAGAAAUAUUAAAUAAUGCUCUAAAGAUACAUGGGACUAAAGGAGAAAACGAUAUAAAGGCUGCUUUAAGAGACUUAGGAUUGAAGGUUGAAUUAAAAGAAAGAUGGACUGGCAAGGGUGCCAAAUUGAAUAGCGAAACAGAUAAACGAACUUCAUGCGAAUGAUAAUAUCUUCGAAGAAAUUUUCAAAAGGUUGCAAUUAUAAAUAACAAUUGAGAUUAUUACAUUUGUUUAAACUUACAUCUACUAACAAUAAUAUUUAACAUGACUGACUUAUAAAUUUGUGAACAUUUUGCAUUUAUGUAAUUUUUAUGUUAAUUUUAUCUUUUUGUUAUAUUCUAUUUUGUUUAACACAUCUUUUUAACACUUGAACGCUACUUGUAUAUUAUAUUAAUAUAUAAUACAUUUUUAUAUUUAUUAUAUGAAGUUGUUGUUACGUAAAAACCUUUGGAAAUCUUAAAAAAAAAAAAAAAAAAAAAAAAAAAAAAAAAUAAAAUAAAAGGUGAAUAGUGUGUUAAAAAGUAUGUUAAGUGGACUUGGCCGAUUACAAAUAUCUGUUAUCACGUAUAUAAUUAUAAAACUUUUUAAAACUAAUUUCAUUUUUAAAUCUACAAAGGAGUACACCAAUUCCAUGCCAAGCACACGAAAUGAAAUUUUAAAUGUACAACUAAUACCAAUUUUAUUUUGUGUCAGUCUGAUACUCUCCUUUUAAUCCCUUGCAUAAUACCUUUCUAUGUUGAUCAUUUAUUACGAUUCCCAAAGUGUAGAGAAAAACUUGAUCUUGUCAUAAUUAAACAAACAAUAUACAAAGAAAAUAAUAUAUUCCUUCGCGAAUAUGUUUGAUGAAGAAUACGAUAACGAUUUAAGAGAUAUUAAAUAAUGAUGAAUGAUAAUGAAAGAUCAUUAUCAUCGCAUCAUAGUUUUAAUCGUAUUACGUUCUUAGACGAUACUAAAAUCUCUUCGCGAGUACGAUGCUUUCGUUCGACUAUGUAUAUUCAAUUGCGAAAAUAUACAUAUUUAUAGUUAUAUAACUUGGUUAAAAAUAGAUCCAACGUAGAUUCGUACGUUCUAUGAAUAACGAGACGGUAACGUCUGUGUUUUUGUGUGUUAAAAGUGUCGAUGAAACUUUACUAAUUAUUUUAAUAAUUUUAACGAUCAUUAUCAUCUUUUUUCUCUUUUUAUUUUUCUUUUAGUAUGGUUCUUUUUUUUUUUUUAUCGUUUCAGGAAUCUUUCGAAUAUAGUGGAAAAUGAAUAGUAGAAAUCAUAUUGAUAUCUCAUACUCGCAAUGGUUUUCAUUAUAUUUCUUCUUUCUCUAUGAGCAUAGAGAUGCGACGGGUUGCGAUGAUUAAGGCGCCGAACGAUUAAAAAUUAUUCGUUUAUCAAAUAUUACGAAUAUUUUUCAUUUGUAUAUACCAAUCUGUACUUACCAAAUAAAUUAUUUCCUGUUAAGUUAUUCAAAAUCAAUUAUAAAGGAUAAUUAACGAAAUAAUUAACGGAAUGCUGACGUUUCUCAAAAGUAAAUUGUUAUUAUAUUCUAACAAUCGGAAUUACUUAUUAUAUUUCUAUCACAAAACUUUUACAAUUCUUUCUAAUGGCCGAUUGAUCGUGAAAACAAACAAAAAAAAAAGAAAAAAAAAAAAAAAAUAAAAAAAAAAAAGAAAAAAAAAAUAAAAAAGAAAAGAUAAAAAAUAAAUGUUAAAUAAAAUUAUCGAAUCGUCUUACAUGCUAUGCACAAUGAACAUCGAGCACGUUUUUUUUUUCUUUUUUUUUUUUUUUAAGCUAAGUAUCGCUAAUGUAUUGCUUCAUUCAUAGUAUGUUGGCAUCUACAAUGAGACUUAUACAACGAUUGACUAUAUUUAUAUUUAAUAUGAUCCUAAUAAUCAUGCUUUCGUGCAAAAACAUUUUGUCAUCCAUAAAAGAAGCGU